AUGCCUGUGAAAUUAUCUGAUCAACCUCACGAAUUAUCUUAUUAUACGACAUGGUGGUUAGAAUCAGUGCGUUCAAUGUCAACUCAAAAUUCGACCUUAUCUCGUUCAGAUGAUAGUUUACCUAUCGAUGAACAUGAAGAAAAACAAAAAACAAUUAUGAACGAAACGACAUCUACUUGUUGUAUUCCAAUAAAAGCAUUUCGGUUAAAAUGGAAAAAACAAAUUCCAUCAUUAUUAUUUCAUUAA